ACUUGGCCUUCAUCUUUAUCAAAAAGCGUUGGCAGUCUUUGUUGUUUGGUAAACUUUCAUAGUUUUUAUGGCACACAAAGAAUCUGUCAUGAAGGAUUCGAUUGAGUUCCCGCGAAGUGAUGUCAGAACAGCACAGCAUUGUGCCCAAUGCACGGCUCAUGGUAAAAUCGCUCCCCUGAAAGGGCACAAGAAAAUAUGUCCUUACAAAGAUUGCACUUGCGUUCCUUGCAUGUUGGUGAUCACCAAGCGAAGGAUAAUGGCGCAACAAGUGAGAAUGAAACGAUUACAGGAGCGAAAACACGGCAUACGACGCACCAAGAGGAGACGAGACUCCACACGAAGUCAAACGAUUCAGGUGCCGAAAGCAAGAGAAGCCGAAGAACUUCCUUAUGAUGUUCAUGUUGAUAUGUAUGAGAAAGAUGAACAUGAUGUGUGCUCAAAAAUGCCAACUUUUGACGAGAUAAAUGGUUGGACAACUGCUUCUGGAUCUCCAUUUCAUGAGGAAAAUGCAAAAUGCCCAAGUAACAAUCAUCAAUGGUGCCCCAUCAGUCCCAUGCAGUUUUCACACAUCCAUCCAUUACAACUUCAACCUGUGUCAUCUUUUCUCCAGUCGAUGUCUCCAUCAAUCACCAUGGCAACAAAUUACAUGCCAUCACCAAUGUCCGAUAGUGAGAUACUGUCUCUGAACCACAUCCAAACGCAGCCUGUGUAUUACACGCCAUCCAGUUAUGCCUAUGGUCUGCAACAAAGCAACCAGCUUUCUCCGUACUCUAAUGAAAAUGGCUAUUCGCCUUUGGAUGUUUUGCCUGGAAUUAGGAAAGGCUAUCCGUUGUCUAUGGAUGCGGCCCAAGCAUUGCUGACUCUUCAUACUGGAGAUGAAUAGUUUUUACUUACUCUAAAAUGUUUCAGUUUUCACAGUUUUGAAAUGAAUUAUGUAAUUAAUCAAUCAACUUAUUGAUUAUUUGUUCAGAGAGACAAGGGGUUUUUGAGACCAACAUGUUUUCAAGCAGUUAGCCAGUUAUAACUUUUUUAUGCAAAGCAAAAGAAGACAGUUUUUUAUUUAUCAAUUCAAUGUUGUAAUUUUAACUUUCGAUGGAAGUGAUUAAAAAGUUUGAAGUUUGAA